AUGGCUCCGCCGGCUCCCCUCCAGCCUCCCUCCCCCUCGGGAUCGACCGAACGAUUGGCCGAAGAGCUUGCUCCAACAAUUGAGCAGCUAAAGAAUCUAGGUGCCGGCACCGCGAUUACCCUACCCCAAGCCCUCUCGACAACAGAGCCUCUUCUCCGCCUGCGCCAUACCUUUAUUGACGAUGCACGCCCUCGCACCGCCAAAGAUGCAUUUCGCUACCUACAAGGCUUUCAGACAUUGCUAGCACUGGCGGAACAGCUUGCAGAGCUUUAUCAUCCCAAUAGUCUGUCCCAACAAGAACGAAAGGGCCUGCUCGGCGUAUUCAAAGAUGUUCUCGGCGUGUUGGCAGAAGGCCUCAAGGACCAUUUUGGCAACAAGCGAUACUUUGCCCGGAAAAUAGUCGGAGGAGGCAUUGCUGCACUGGAGCAGAUUCUGACUGUGUUGGUCAAGAAGAUAGACACAACCGAGAGUGAUGCACACCAUCUUUACGGCGCAAUCUUCGCUGCAGCUCUCUGCCAGGAGACCGUGUCGGGUAUUUUUGUAACACUCAGCACAAAAUUCCCCGCGAGUAAGGACUCAGCGGCUCCGACCGAUGUACAGAGUGUCGUGGAUCGUUGUAUUGGAUCGGCGGAAACGGUGGAAGUGCCGGAGCUACUUGGUCCAUUCCUUCGUGUGUGGCUGAUGCACUCGUCCUUUUCAUCCGGAUAUGAGAUUCUACGUCUGGCCCUGCCCGCUUCACUCUGUCAAUUGGCUUCGCAGUCUCGGAGGAACGUCGUAGCCUUGCAUGCCACCAAUAUGCUCACCUCUAUUCUCCCACUCUUGUUCGACGGAGGACGAUCCGACAGCGAAAAAGCAAUUUACCAAGACCUUGCUCAAUUUCUCAGCGUUCAGGGUAUGAGUAGCUUGGACGAUGCGGUUGCUUUGUAUCGCGGUGCACAUGAAAAUCCGCAAAUUUUAAAAGUCCUGUUAUCGGCUCUCAAAUCCUCCAAGGAGCCUCCAUCAAUACAGUUCGAUAUGUCUCGGCAUGGAUUUUGUUCCGUUGAAUUUGCAACACUUGGCCGACCAUUCCCCCCCGUCAAUUCUUCUGGGUAUACUUUAGCAGCUUGGGCUCGUUUCGAUGAAUUUGAUUCCAAUACGCAUACUACUAUUUUUGGUGCAUUUGAUGCGAGUCAGACAUGUUUCAUUCUAGCAUAUCUGGAGAGAGAUACCCGGCACUUUAUUCUUCAAACAUCCAUCCGCGGUUCCCGGCCGAGUGUCCGGUUCAAGGCCGCGAAAUUCGAAUCAAACCGCUGGUAUCAUAUUUGUGUUGUCCACAAAAGACCGAAGCCCAUGUCUUCUUCUCGGGCAUCUUUGUUCAUAGAUGGCGAGUUUGUUGAGCAACUAAAGAUUGAAUACCCAUCAGUCCCUACUAGUCAUCAUCCAAGCAAACCGCCCCGGAUUCAGGCAUUCUUUGGCACCCCUCAAGACUUGGCAAUGCGCCUCGGAAAGGGUGUCUCAACUUCUCGGUGGUCUCUUGCCAAUGGAAUGCUCUUUGACGAGGCUUACAGUGAUGAUAUGGUGGCCGUAUUUUACAACCUUGGGCCUCGGUACUAUGGAAAUUUCCAGGAUUGCUUAGGCUCUUUCCAGACAUACAAGGCCUCUGCAACUCUGAAUCUACGGAACGAACAUCUUCACGCAGGCAAAGAGGAAGCUUCUGACAUUGUUACUGCCAUUCGAAGACGAGCAAGUACUUUGAUCCGUGAGGGCUCCAUACUGAUCAAUGUUUCAUCUGUCGCUGUUCUGGACGAUGACGAUAGUAACAACGUCGAUGAAUCGCAGUUGAUCAAAUGUCUUUCACGACAAGCAGCAAAAAGUUUGCAGCAAUUGACAAAGGCCGGCGGUAAUGCUGUUGCAGUGAAUGGUGCCACUCCAGCCAUCAAUGAUGGCCUUACCCAGCCUCAAGGAGUCGGAAUUCUGACAGGCGAUCCUGUAGUUGCCGUGCCCAGGGCAAUGGACGACGCCAGUUGGUGUAUUGGGGGCUGCGCUGCGGUCCAUUUGAGUUUGGUCAAGGCGGCAAGCACCGCGAACAGCACUCGGAUGGCUGUGGAGGCCCUUUAUGAAGCCGUGCAGGACAACUGGAGAAACAGCGAAGCGAUGGAAAGAGAGAACGGAUAUGGCAUCCUCGCAGCUUUGCUGCGGGAGAAGCUUGGAUUUCAUCUGGGUAAUUUCCCUGCUGCAAGUAAAAUCCCUGUGGUCAGCUCAGAUCCCGAUGAACUGUCGGCUUUGACACUUGAUCUGAUGCGUUUGACUCUCGCUUUUGUUGGCUACGAUUUCAAACAGCCAAAUCGCUCGAUCAUCACAAAUCCGCUCGCCUACCGUGUUCUGCUUGUUGACAUGGAUGUGUGGCGACUCGGAGAAUCGCAGGUGCUAGAAUUGUAUUACUCCCAAUUCCGCACAUUUGCAUCCGAUAGCAACUAUCGCCGAUUUAAUGCCAGGCGUCUUGGUCGUAUGCGUGUGAAUAAGAAGUUGUUAGAGACUCUGAAGAGUGGAGAAGUCACCAGAGAGUCUCUCCGGCCUUGUCUAUCAGCUUUUAAGUCAUUGAUGGAGAGCAGUCCCUCUCCCGACCUUCUGCGCUCUUUGUCUUUAUCCAUCACAUAUGCUCUCCACAAACCAAAAACCCCGACGAGCCUGCAGAAAAAGAAGAGCCUCCGAUACCUGGCGCCGUCAUCGCGGCCUGGAUCGGCAAAAUCAGAAGGCAAGUAUGUACCCAGUAUCACUCUAGGCAUUGAGAUGCUGCGGCUGUAUUGUUCUGUGUUGUGCAAUCCCCAUGACCCCGCCCCUUUGAGGAAAUUCGCCAAAGCCGUAACGAGCAAGUGGCUUCUUUACCUCAUGUGCGAAGAUGAGCCUGAGAUUGUGUUGCUUGCAACGAAGAUAUUAGCUCGAUUGGUUGUGGUCCAUGGCAGUGGAUACAGCAAGAAGUUCGCUGAGAAGAGUGGUGGAUACAUCAUCUUAGAACAUCGCCUCAAAAGAUGGUGGAAUGUUCCGGGUUUGUGGCCUAUCUGCUUUUCAGUCCUGUUCGGCGUCGAUCAUGCUUUGUUAGAUCUCACGAAACCCCUAGACUUGCCUGAUUUGCUCAAACUAUUUUUGAACAACGGCGACGUAAAGGUUGUCUUCCCGGACAUGUUGCCCGUCAUUAUGAACAUGCUGAAAAGUGGGAUGAGAAACACAAUCAUGACAACUCAUACGGACGAAAAUAGCCAGAGUUCUUUGGAAAAGCAGUCCUCCAAUUGCGAAAAGCCUCGUAUGGAUUCGCUUAAGCUUCCUGGAUCAUCAGAUCAUAGUGUUCAUGAGAUCAGUCUCCUCAGCUCAGUGGUCCAAUUCUUAUCAGAAGCCCGCACCAAGUCCCCAAUAUUCCAAGAAUUCACUGCGCAAUCUACCUACGUGCAAGAGCUUCUUUCCGUGCUCUAUCCUGUUGUUGUCGGUGCAGAUACCGUCAGCCCCAACACAGAAUUGAACUUUCGACACAGUGGGCUCAGUUUCGAUGACAGCAACUUAGUCCUGCGACCGCGUUCAAGUACGACUGGGGCAACGACAGUGCUACAAACAACCACAGUUGACUGUUCUGGAAAUCCCGAGGAGAGUACCGGCUCUUUGCGACGUGGCUCGUCUUUCAUUCUGGUUUCCUCUGAUAAAUCCAAACAUCAGCCAUCUUCUGCCAGAAUACGACGCUUCAUGAACCCGACUUUUGUUGGGAACAAAGCUUCUACAGAUCAUCCUCUUGUCAAGGCUGUCUUGGGGCUAACCUUGGACAUAUUUCAAGAUCAGCUUUUAGGGCGCAAAGACUUUACAGGCCUUGGUCUCUAUCUUAAAACUCCGCCGGGCUUCUUGGAACACCAAGCGUAUUUCAAUUCUUGGGUUUUCAGCUGCUUGCUUUCCACAUUGCAAGAUCUGCCUUCAGUCCGACCAAGUGUCCUUCAUGAGCCUCGCACAUUGACAAAUCUUGGACGUCUCGCAAUACAUUUGACCGAGGCAGUCUACGAAGGCUGGUUCAUCAAUGGAGGAUCGUCCACCAUGGAAUUCAUCGGUACUUUCUUGGAAUAUCUCCAGCGCCCUGACAUCUCUCAACUUAAAAGCAUUCGCUUAUGCAGCCAGGCUGUGACGACUAUUCGCUCAACACUCUACAAAGUGGUCCUUUUUCAGCUCUCGGAAGCCGAUGACACUACCACGGUCCCCUUGCUUAAUCGCUUGAAUUACUGGCAAGCAGUUGUUCUCGCAGCAGCUGAGACGCAAUCUAAGCACUUGCAUCUUCUGUGUUACCUUCUUUACACCAAAUUAGUCAGUACGGAUAGAGAUGUUCGCUCCGCUGCUGCUCGGUUAUGGAGAAUCAUUCUGGUGCAGGCACCGGAUGAGAUAACAACCCUGCUGGGUCAAGGACCUGUUUCUCUGCAGCGCCGACUGGCAGACGGCUUUGACGCACUUUCGGGGAUGGAAGACGAAGCCUUCUUGGCAUGGAUCGAUGACCAACGAGAGGAUCUUGACGCCUUGUUCUUUGGCAUUUUCUCUCGGUCAUGGGAUAAUUUUGUCCACGAGGAAAAUGUGAGCAGCGAGGAAUCUGUUAGAUCUCGAGUUUCAAAACGGAAGGACAAACUCCGACAGUGGGCUCAGAUUGAGAAGUUCGACGAAGACAUGACAAGGAAGCACGACGCAACUCUACCACACUGGAUCUCGAACAUUGCAGCAUCCGAGUUCUUGAAAUCUCAACGGUUCUUGCAAGACAUGCAAGAUAGCUCUACCUUCAUGUGGUCCGCUUUCUCCGACUUGCUGCUCGACCUGCGACGACCGGGUGGCCUUCUUUCGGAAGGUAAGGAGAGGAGAUGGUGGCUAGAUCAGACUGAAGGUCGCAGUCGUAUGCGACUUCGUCUCGUCCCCGAUGAGUCGGGCGAUCGACAAGACUAUCAGCCCAAGCGUAAAGCAUCAGAGCCCCCUGUAAUCAAAAUCGAUACUCGGUUACGUGCUCUCUCGGAGGGCGAGACUUUGUCGACGCCUCAUCCUCUCAAUGCGGAACUCGAAAACGUGGAUAGCGUGUUGCCGAACAACGAUGCUGAUAAUCGGAGCUUGCUAGAAGACAACUUUGAACUAAUUGAUGAUCCCAAGAUUGAGCUGGAAGACUACGAAGAUAGGAACCGGAAGGUGAUGCGCUCUCUUCAGCGUGGCGAUCAAGUGCAAAGCGUGUGCAAUCUGUCUCGCAUCAUUGGUCUAGAGGCUGUCGAAGGCAUCUUGAUACUUGGAAAAGACUGCAUCUAUAUCCUAGACAAUUUCUUCCAAAGAGCCGAUGGUGAGAUCGUGAACGUCUGGCAAGCUCCGAACGAGGAACGAGACCCUUAUGUUCGCAUGAUUGCCGGUCGCGAAUCCAAUGACCGCCGCUCGCAAGAGCAUGAAACAAGAAGCUGGAAGUGGUCUGACUUGGUCAGUGUUUCCAAACGUCGCUUCUUGUUCCGUGAUGUUGCACUGGAAAUUUUCUUCACAGAUGGCACCAGCUACUUGUUGACUUUGAUGUCAGCUCGCGCAAGAGACGAACUGUGUAAUCAACUGGCUGUCAGGGCACCACAGGUAACCGGAACUACGGGACACUCUCGUCCAGAAGACAUCUGGCGAUUUGAGACUCUUCGCAGUCAAGACGAUGCUCCUCAGUCCCUUGGGUCCAAAUUUGCAAGUGUGUUUGGCCAUCUCCCAGCAAACCCAGCAACACGAAAAUGGGUCAAGGGCGAGAUUUCCAAUUUCCAUUAUCUUAUGUUGAUCAAUACUUUUGCCGGACGUACGUUCAACGACUUGACUCAAUACCCUGUGUUCCCAUGGGUCUUGGCAGACUACACAAGCGAGGAACUAGACCUCACCAACCCAGCUACAUUCCGCGAUCUGUCUAAGCCGAUGGGAUGUCAAACCCUGGAGCGAGAGGCGGGAUUCCGUGAGCGAUACAAUGCUUUCGCUGAGAUGGGCGACGAUAAUUCUCCACCUUUCCACUAUGGAACACAUUACUCUUCUGCCAUGAUUGUCUGUUCCUACCUCAUUCGCCUACAACCGUUCGUCAAGUCCUAUCUCCUACUUCAAGGUGGCUCUUUUGAUCACGCCGACCGCCUCUUUUACUCUAUUCGCAAGGCAUGGGAAUCCGCAUCACGGGGAAACAUGACCGAUGUUCGAGAGCUGAUCCCUGAGUUCUUCUAUCUUCCGGAAUUCCUCGUGAACUCCAACAAAUAUGACUUUGGUCUGCUCCAAAAUAUGACCACGGCCAUCGACUCGGUCGAGCUGCCACCAUGGGCUAAAGGCGACCCUAAGAUAUUCAUCGCAAAACACCGGGAGGCUCUUGAGAGCCCCUAUGUUUCCGAGAACUUGCACCACUGGAUUGAUCUGGUUUUCGGCAGUAAGCAAAAGGGCGAGGCAGCUGUUGAAUCUGUCAAUGUCUUCCAUCAUCUCUCCUACAAAGGCGCCAAAGAUUUAGACGCGAUUGAUGACCCAAUGGAGAGGCUGGCCACCAUCGGCAUCAUUCACAAUUUCGGACAAACUCCUCAUCAAAUUUUCCAACGACCUCACGCCCUGAGGGAAGAUCAAAAACACCGUGUACCCCGACUGGAUACGCUUGCCGAGUCACUGACGCAGAUGCCUUUGUCUCUGCUUGACAUAGAGGAGCGAGUGUCUACCCUCUCGAUGAAACAAGACCGUUUAUUGUGUACUGCGGCUCUCAGGCUCAACGUUCCACCGGCUUAUGAAUAUUACAUGGAAUGGGGAUUCUUUGAUGGUAGUGUCCGAUUUUACACUGCGGAUACUCGCAAGCUUCUGGGUCACUUUGAACACCUUCAUGUAGGACAAUUGUCCUACGCCAGCUUUGCGGAUUCUCGCACCCUUGUCACUUGCGGCACGGACUGUACUAUUUCACUAUGGACGGUUACUGCGACUUCAAAGUCGGUUGAUUUGCAGCCUAUUGGCUCCCUCUUUGGCCAUAGAGCACCGGUCACAGUGCUUGCUGUCUCGCGCUCCUUCAGUUCCUUGCUAUCUGCGUCGAUUGACGGGCAAAUUAUGCUGUGGGAUCUCAAUCGACGUUCCUUCGUGCAAGCCCUCCCCGCCGAUGGUACGGUCGAUUGUGCUCGAAUUAAUGAUGUCUCUGGAGACAUCAUGGUCUGUCGCGGCAGUCGUUUGACAUUGUACACCCUCAAUGGGGUUGUUUUAGUUGAUCAAUCAGUCUGCGAGUCGACUGACGAUCAUAUCUUGUCUUGCGUUUUCUACGAAGGAGUACAAAACGAAUGGCUUGAGCGCGAAUUAGUAUUGACGGGUCAUACUCGAGGCGUUGUCAAUAUCUGGAGCAAGAGCAUUCGGGGCGGUCGAUUUGAGCUGGAACUGAUCCGACAGCUUCAUCAUACAGACAGCAACCGUGACACCGGUGCCAACAUUAGUGCGGGCAUUAGUUGCAUCUUGGCCCUCCCCCACGUGGUCUACACGGGGGAUGAGGCAGGUCGAGUGUAUGAGUGGAACUGCAUCCAGCGCCGCUGA